CCUCAGAUCUGGCGCCAUGAGGUGUCGCGCGCAAAGGGGCGUAGCGCUAGGCCCGGCGUGCUCGGAGAGGCGCGAAGAGGGAUUUGAGCACGUGAAACGCCGCCUCCGCGCCUCCCUUCCCCGCCCGCCGUUAUUGUCUCUUUAAGGUCGUGGCGAGAGGUGGGGGCGCGCGUGGAUGGCGACGGUUUAUGGUGGUCUGGGAUCGUCUCGCGAGAUCAGCGUUGGCGCCGUGACCUCCAUGUGAGAACAGCGGCGCUUUGGUAAACAGUCCUCGGGGUUAGGACAUGGCUCCCGCCGGCGCCCGUUAAGCUUAGGCGAGCCGGCAGCUCCCAACUAAGGUCUGACAGGGUUUGCCGCCAUUCUGGGGUGGCUCGAGAGAGCCGUUGCCGCUGGUGGGUCGCGAGUGAGGCGGGUGGGAUCGACGGAGGAGCCUAGGAGUAGUCGAGAGUGCUGGUGGGUCGGGGAAGAGGAAGGCAGGCAGGCAGGCCGGCCGGUAACAGAAGCGGCUCGCGCCGCGGCGUUCCUCGAGAUUCAGGCAGCAGCUCCUCAUCGCCACUCCGGCAUCUCCAAGUGGAAAAAUCCGGAGGCAGGAACCUUCCGGUCCUUCUGCUUCCCCCUCCCCUCCUUCGGGAGCGCGCCAUGUGGAUCCAGGUGCGGACCAUCGAUGGUGCCCAGACCCGAACUAUCGACGACCUCAGCCGGCUGACCAAGAUCGAAAGUCUGCGAGAAAAGAUCCAGGAAAGCUUCCGCGUAAGCCCUGAACUGCAGCGCCUUUUCUACCGGGGCAAACAGCUUGAAGAUGGCCAUACCUUAUUUGAUUAUAAUGUUGGACUGAAUGAUAUAGUUCAGCUUUUGAUACGCUCAGAGUCUGAUGUUCCUUCUACAAUUUUGAAUAAAAAAGAUGGAAAGCCUGGUCCCUGUGCGGUUACCAACUGUAAGAAUAAAGUCAAACAAGGCGUGAACAGUGGAUCAUCGAGUUUGCCAUCUACAUCAGCUCGUUCAUUUCUUAUAGAUCCUGGCAUUGGUGAAUACAAGAUAAAUGAAUUGGUGGAUGCCCGAGAUGUCACUAUUGGAUCCUGGUUCGAAGCUCAUAUAGAAAAUGUAACUCGAGCAACAAAAGGACAUAAAAAUGGAAAAGCUCAAGGAAAGAGUGGCAGUAAUUACAAAAGGACUAAUGGAAACUUGAGCCAAGAUCAUUCUAGAGAAAAUACAAAUAAUUUGGACAAUACACCUUCCACAUCUUAUACAGAUUAUAUGGAUACUGAAGAUAUUAUUUAUCAUAUCAAGUAUGAUGAAUACCCAGAAAGUGGCAUUGUGGAAAUGACUGUCCAUAAUCUGCGGCCUCGAGCAAGAACUAUUUUGAAAUGGAAUGAAUUACAUGUAGGUGAUACAGUGAUGGUUAAUUACAACGUAGAGAGUCCAGAAGAAAGAGGAUUCUGGUUUGAUGCAGAAAUUACCUCUUUGAGGGAAAUUUCAAGGACUAACAAAGAGGCUUAUGCCAAAAUUUUGCUGGGGGGCCCAGAAGAUGUAAUAAAUGACUGCAAAUUACGUUUUAUAGAAGAAAUAUACAAGGUUGAAAAACCAGGAGCAUAUCCAUUGACAUUUGCAGAUGGAGAGUUCAGAAGGAAGAGUGGUCCUGAAUGUAAACAUUGCAGAGCUGACCCAGAUAAAGAAUGCCGAUUUUGUUCUUGUUAUUUAUGUGGGGGAAAACAGGAUGCACACAUGCAACUUCUCUGUGAUGAGUGUAAUAUGGCUUACCACAUAUAUUGCCUGAACCCACCACUAAGCAAAAUACCGGAAGAUGAGGACUGGUAUUGUCCUUCCUGUAAAAAUGAUUCUAAUGAAGUUGUAAAAGCUGGGGAAAAGCUCAAACAAAGUAAAAAGAAAGCAAAGAUGCCAUCUGCCUACACUGACAGCCAACGUGAUUGGGGCAAGGGCAUGGCCUGUGUUGGCCGUACUAAGGAAUGUACUAUUGUUCCUUCUAACCAUUAUGGACCUAUACCUGGUGUUCCUGUUGGAGCAACAUGGAAAUUUAGAGUGCAGGUGAGUGAAGCAGGUGUUCAUAGACCUCAUGUUGGUGGAAUCCAUGGACGUAGUAACGAUGGAGCGUACUCUCUUGUGUUGGCUGGAGGAUUUGAAGAUGAAGUUGACCGAGGUGAUGAAUUUACUUACACUGGGAGUGGUGGAAGAGAUCUUUCUGGCAAUAAAAGAAUUGGGGAACAUUCAUUUGAUCAAACUUUAACACACAUGAACAGGGCUCUGGCUCUAAAUUGUGAUGCUCCAUUGGAUGACAAAAAUGGAGCUGAGUCUAAAAAUUGGAGAGCUGGGAAACCAGUUAGAGUCGUUCGCAGUUCAAAAGGUCGAAGAAUCAGCAAAUACGCACCAGAGGAAGGCAAUAGAUAUGAUGGCAUAUACAAGGUGGUGAAAUAUUGGCCAGAAAUUGGAAAGUGUGGAUUUUUAGUUUGGCGCUAUCUUCUGAGAAGAGAUGAUGCUGAACCUGCACCUUGGACUACAGAGGGAAUUGACCGGUCAAAGAAAUUGGGCCUGAGUUUACAGUAUCCAGAAGGCUAUUGGGAAGCUAUGGCGAAUAAAGAAAAGAAAGAUAAAGUAAAAAAGCAGCCUGUGAAACAGGAACCAAUGGAACAGAGCAAUGGAAAUCAAAAAAGACCAAUUAAUGAUGACAAUAUAAAGCAACCUACAAACACAGCCAAAACAAUGAAGCUGAGUGAUGGAGGGAAGGGAGAAGCUUUUCAGCUAACGCAGCAACAACAAUGGUUGAUACAGGAAGAUUCUCCAAACCAGAAACUUUGGGAUGAAGUUCUUAAAUUUCUUAAAGAAGGACCAAAUUUUUUGAAGAAACUGGAACAAUCCUUUAUGUGCGUUUGCUGCCAGGAGCUGGUUUACCAGCCAGUGACCACAGAGUGCCUGCACAAUGUCUGUAAAAGCUGUUUACAGCGCUCUUUCAGAGCUGAAGUCUUCACCUGCCCUGCUUGCCGACAUGACCUUGGGAAGGGCUACACCAUGGUUCCCAACAAGAUACUGCAGACACUACUUGAUCAGUUCUUCCCUGGUUAUAGCAAAGGACGAUGAUAUGUAUUUGUAACCUUAUUCUCCAAAUGACUGAAUAAAUGAAAAGAACAAACCAUCUAGAAAAACAGUGGACCAGCCAGCUUGAGGGAAUUCAUAUUUACUAUCACAUUGUGAAGCCGCUAAUUCAACCCUUUUUCCCAUUUAGCAAUCUGUUGUGUAGUAACAACUUCAAAUUGUCAGCUUUCUUCUGACAAAGGUAGUUUUGACAGAUGAUCAUUAGUUGUAUGCAGGAAUAAAGGUUUUCCUUGGCUCUGGCCACGGUAGUAGCAGGUCUUCAGUUGUUUUUAUAACUACCUCAGAUGGAGAAAACAAAUUUGGGGGAAGUUUAACAACACAUCCAAUGAAGUUUAGCUACACACUGCCUCCUGAACAUUAGUUUUGCCUGGUCCAUGAAAUUUGAUUUUGCAACAAGAAAACAGCACGUAAAAAGCCAGUUUUAUUGCAGAACACCAAAUGCUGUGGUGUGCAUAAUUCUUUAUUGUGUUUCCUCUCCUGCUGUCUUUCUUACUCCUUUUGCAACAACAAGCUUUUAGUCUAUUUUUGUGAGCGUUAAUUGUGCUCUCGUAUCUUUGCAAGUUGACUACUAAGGACUGAGAACAAUAUGAAUGCAUUGUUGCUGUUGAUGUAAAGUGAUUUGUGUUUUUUGCACUUAAAGAGGGUUUUCAAGACACUCUUAAUUGUGUAAAAACUAUUUCAUAUAAAACAAGCCACUUUUGUAUUAGGUAAAAUUGUUUGCUUUUAGUAGGUCUUGUAUUAGUGGCAAUACAUCUUAUACAGCAUUGAAAGCAGUACUAGCUUGGAGAGGGCUCAAAUUGCUUCAUAUUGUGAUCUGAAAUUUUAUAUACAGUAUAUUCCCCAUCCCUGAAUAUACUUAUUAAAUAUUUUAUGAUUCAUAAAGUGUUGACUGUUUGCAUUUUACACCCAUAACAUGAUAGCAAGUAAUUUCCUAAAACAGUGUUUGUAUAUAUUACAUAAAAUUCCAUUUGAAAUUUUGAUAAAUGGGAUUAGUAAAACCUGAAGUUUACAUUAGUCCUUUGGGCAUUUGCCUUGCAGAGUUAUAUAUUUUAAAAUACAUUUUUAUAAGACUUUCAUUCCGAGGAGAUUACAUUUUCAUAUCAACUUUUGAUUAUAGAUAGCAAAUAACUACUGAUAACAGAACAGAUAUGUUUGAGUACUUACAUACUAUUUUAACAUAUACAUAGUUGUUUGUGCAUUGUUUGAGUGGGGAAGCUGGUAUUAUCCCUGUAUUACAAACUGAGACCGAAGCUUUUUGAUUUGAAGUCUGUUUUAGGUAUGGUACUGAUUAGUAUUAUUUAACUGGUUUUAGUUUACAUUCCAAUCUUUUUCCUUUAGCAGAAAGAAAUUAGAAUUAAAAUAGGAUAGUUUAAAAAAUGAGUGUUGAAUUCAGAUGUAACACUGUCAGAAUGUUUAACUUAACAGGUUAAAGCCAUAGUGACCUACUUUACAUUUAACACUAAAUAAAACAGAAAUCAUUAUGGAUGAAUUGGGCCAGUAUCAAAACUCAGGUUGGUUUAUAUUAUACUUAAGUCAAUCAGCCAGGAUAACAAAACUAUAAUUAAACAUGACUUAUUUGAAUUAUUCAGAGAUUAAAUGAACCAGAAUUUUUCAGGUAGUAAUAGGUAUCUAUUUAGAUAAAAAUUGAAAGCAGAACUUUCCUAUUUCUCCCUUGGAUACACAAAUAUUGAUUUUGCUAUGUCAGCCAAUGGCCUUUUUAGUCAUAAGAGUAUAAAUUUGCAGCUAAAGCAGGAUAAGAAAGCAAAGUUUUAUAAAUGAUUUUAGCUUCUCUGGCAGCAAUAGCAGUCUCCUGAGUGAUGAGACAGCUGUGAGAUUUAAAAGCUGCUUUUGGGCUUUCAGCCAUGGCUAGUGUGUAUAUCUUCAGCCUAGAUAAAGGGUUAACAAUCUUUUUUUUUUAAUUUGAAUUUAUAUCCCGCCUUUCUCCGAAGACUCAGGGCGGCUUACACUCUGUUAAGCAAUAGUUUUCAUGCCCUGGAAACCUCUACCCUGCAUAUACUGGAUUCUGAGCCCCAUUUGUCAUGCCAAUUGAACCGCCAUAAUGAGGAAUAAAAUUGGGAGUCAAAUUUCUGAUAUGUUAAAUAAUGACUUUUUGAACAAGCCAUAGUAUUCUGGUUCACCUAAACUGUAAACCAAGAAUCAACAAUCUUACACAAUGGCCCAAGUAUUCCGCUGCCUCCUAUCACAAAAUUUAAAAUGUCAAAUUUUCUGGAAUUUUGAUACCUUCCUUUGAGGUGGCUGGAGAUUUGUGAACCUUUGGAUGAAUUAAAUGUUGGGAUUUUCGUGCAAGAUUUCAGAAUUUUAAAAAUGCUGAAAUAAAAUAAUUUUGGGAGGAGGUCAGUUGUCUUUUUCUGUUCUCUGUCAUAAGUCUUGGCCUAGGAGGCACAGCAACCAGCUUUAUGCGCCACACUAAGCAUAAACAAAGCACAACUUCUUUUUGGCUUGUGCAAGACUUUACCAUGUCUAUUUCAGAAUGUACAGAGUCCCACCUUAAGCAUGAAAGCUGGUUGGGUGACUUUGGGCCAGUUUCCCUCAGCCCAACUCAUCUCACAGGUGGUUGUGGCAAAAAUAAAGAGGAGAAAGGAGUAUUAGGUAUAUUUGCCACCUUGAGUUAUUUUUAAAAAUAAUAAAGGUGGAAUGUUUUUUUUAAAAAAAAUCUACCGGUAUAUGUUUCCUAAAUUAGUUAUAAUGUGCUAAAGUUAGCCAAAAGAAUAACCAAAUAGUGCUAAUUAAUGAACUGCUAAUAAUUUUUCUGAUACAUUAGAACAGUUUGCUCUGUUAUAGAGUAACAGAAUUUAUUCCAAGUUCAUUUGCUGUAAAAUUACAACCUCCAGGUCUACUGGAGCAUUAAAAGGAGACUUUUCUCCCAUAAAUAAUUUGUUGCUAGCAUUAUCAUAUGUAGAAGGCACUUUAUAUUUCAUUUCCUAUCCCUGCAAGCUUCUCAAACCAGAGGUGGUAAGGUAUUUUGUGGUUCUUUUUAAGCAGUUUUUGAGACAGUUUUCAUAGUGGUCAGCUUGCCAUCAAUGUCUUCAAAUUGGAAUUCUCUUUUGACAGUUGUGGGCAUCUCUUUGUUCAAUGUGAGAUAGCUUUUAAAAGUUAUGUGCUUUUGAUGUGUGCUGUAAAGGAUGUACUCUCAUCCUUUAAUUUCAAAUAAUAAAUUCAGAUUGUUGCACUUGCAUUUAA